UGCAGAGCUCAGUCGGGGAAACCCGUUCCCGCCGCCGCCGCGGUUAGCGCCCUCGUCUGGGAUCCAGCCGGAGACUGGACUCGGCCUCCGAGGGCGGCCGCAACCGAAGACUGGGGCUGGGUCCUGCAGGGAGGGAGAGGAGGGAUGACGCCCUGGCUCCCCCAGGCCUCCGGGGUAGACCCCAGCCGCCGCCUCCUCCUCCUCCUCGUCUUUGUCUUUCUGUACGGAAGCUGGGCGGAGACCCCAACCCCGGAGUUCAUAGUGUCUACACCAACUAAUGUUGAAAUAAAAUCUUACAAUUUGAAUCCUGAAGUAUUUUGGGAUUACCAGAAAAUGUCUCAUACUCCUACUUUCACAGUGAAGUUAAAGAGCUAUGAAGAAGGAAUAUGGCAUGAAGUCUGCACCAAUAUUUCUAGUCAGUCUUGUAACAUAUUUGGCCAUAUUAAAAGACCAGUCUAUUCUUACUGGGCCAGAGUUAAAGCUACAGUUGGACACUAUGAAUCUUCCUAUGCAGAAUCUAAAGUAUUUCAUAUGUAUGAGGAUGGAAAAAUAGGACCACCUAAUGUAAAAGUUCAAGAGAAAGAUCGCCAGCUUAUCAUUGAUAUAGAGCAUCCUCUAAUAAUUGUUGAAGGAAAAGAGAAAGGACCUGUGUGUGAUUAUUAUUAUGAUGAUGACGACGAUGAUUGCAGCAUAGUCACAUACAAGGUAUAUUUGAAGAUAAAUGGAAGUGAGAACGAUGAGGAAGAAUGGGAUGUCCAAUCUUGCAAUGAAACUCAGUGCCAAUUAAUUAUACCAGCAAUUUCAUUUAAUUCUGAGUAUUGUGUUUCUGCCAAAGGAUUUUAUCCAGUCUCUGAAAUUUGGGAAAUUACAUAUGAAAAAUCAGAAGAACAGUGUAUUACACCUUCAUAUAAUAGAGAAGAAGAUUCUUCUCUGUCCAUCAUAAUUUUUUUUAUAUUCCUUGCCUUCGUUGUGUGUGUAGGAUUCACAAUUUACAUGGUCUUGAAGAGAAAGGUUUUUCAGAGACAGAACUUCAAAUUGCCCAAGUCAUUGGUAUCUGUGGUAAGAAAUUUUAAUUCACGCAACAUUUUAGAGGUAAAUUCUGAAUCAAAAUGUAUUUCUAUUGUUGAAACAUCAUACUUGCCAGUCCCAGAAAGUGAGGAAAAACACAUCGGUCAUUUGACCCCAGUGAGUAACAUAAAUUCUGAAGACAAUAGCGAAAAAACAGAGCACUUUCAAGAAGUAUCACGCAUAACAGAAGAAAUGACUGUUGAAGAAAAUAUUACAGACAUGACCUCUGAUAAUCAUGACAGCGCAAUGAUGAAAGAGAAUUAUUUUCCUUCUAACAGCAGUCAAGCUGAAUCUGGCAGUCUCAUUUCAGACUCUUGCCUUCCUAGGGAUGUUUCUGAGAAUAGCCAUGUGGAAUCAUGCAACUUCAUAUCUGACCCAGAGCCUCCACAAAAUGACCCUGAAUCAAGGACAGACAUUCAAGACAACAUCACUCUAAGGAAGGUUAACACAUCUUUUGGCUAUGAUAAACCUCACGUUCUAGAAGACAUGCUUCUAGAUGCCAAUGAUAAAGAGUCUUUGAUUGGUUAUCGACCUUCAGAACCAUUUGUGGAAAUUUUUUAGCAUUCAGCUAGAACGAAGCAAAUUUGACGUUUUGCAUUUCCUAAAAGUUGACUUUUCAGGUUAUGCAUAAAGGAGGUAGUAAUGUUCAAGUUGAGUGAUACUGUGUUUGGAUUUUGAGUCAGAAGUUUUGCUUUCAAAUCCUUGUUCUUUGUGAUAUUGAACAAAUUACUUCAUGCCUCUGGACUUCCAUUUCCUCCUCUGUAAAAUAGAUUUGGACUUGGUUUCUAAGGUUCCUUUGUACAGUACUUUAAAUCUGCAAUCCUAAAUGCAGAAUACAUGUCUAAUGAAGAUACAGAAGUGAUAGCUACAAUACCUAUAAUUCACUUGUGUGAAUUUAACUAUUUAGCACUUUGAAUAUAGAACUCAGUUUAUGGCCAAACGUGUAAUCUUUAUCUGUGCUUGGGUGUAGUUACCUAUUGCUGGAGCUCCAAUCUUUCACUUAACAUUAAAACACUGGAGAUGACCUUUGAAUAUGGAUUUUGUUGCCCAGACUUUAUUUCCGGCUUUGUGGUUUUGAAUAUUACAAAAAGCAUGAAAUGGAUCAUCAUUAAAGUUAAUAAACCAA